AUGGAGAUUCGUCAUGGACAUUUGUUUUUGAUAUUGCUCUUACUAGCAUCGUUCGUUGUGAUUUUCAUUGCGCUUCCUUCGAAUUUGAUGAGAUGCAUCAUCGGCUUGAAGCCGCCAUUCUCGAUUUCACUUCAAAACUUACGAACAAGAGUUUCCGGCGGAGACGAUUUCCUCCUCGCCGUUGAACACGCCGGUCACUCAAACAGCACCGUAACGAGGAAGGUGAGAAAAAUGAUCAAGAGUAAAGAAGAGAAGCUAGAAGAAAAACUCGCUCGAGCGAGAGAUUCUAUGCGGAAAGCUGCAUUAGAAGAUCGUAGAAGAAAUUUGACUCCUUCGUCAACAUCACGCAACAACGAAUACGUUUCAGCUGAAGCUGUUUAUCACAACCCGCGCUUAUUUUAUCAGAGCUACUUGGAGAUGGAGAAGAUAUUCAAGGUGUAUGUAUACCCAGAUGGGGACCUACCAAUUGUUCAUGAUGGCCCAUGUAAGGACAUAUACUCCAUUGAAGGAAGGUUCCUCCAUGAAAUUGAAUACGGAGUUGGGAAGUUUAGAACCAAUGAUCCUAAUGCAGCUCACGUUUACUUUUUACCCUUCAGCGUGACAUGGAUGGUCAAAUACUUCUAUACAUCACCCUAUUCUUACGACCUCACUCCUUUAAAGCAGUUUGUCUCCGAUUACGUGAAUGUCAUAUCUAUGAGACACCCCUUCUGGAACAGAACUCAUGGUGCUGACCACUUCAUGCUUGCUUGUCAUGAUUGGGGUCCAAUUGCAACAGAGGGCAAUGCUUUCCUUUACAAUACCUCAAUCCGUGUCUUGUGCAAUGCCAACACUUCUGAAGGUUUCAAUCCACUAAAGGAUGUUUCUUUACCAGAAAUUUACCUCUAUGGAGGUGAAGUAUCUCCUAAACUCCUUACACCACCACCUGACUCCGCCCCACGUCAAUAUCUAGCCUUCUUCGCGGGUGGUUUGCACGGCCCAAUUCGGCCGAUUCUUCUCCAAUACUGGAAAAACAAAGAUAGUGAUAUCGCCGUGUACGAGUAUCUCCCGAAAGGGAUAGACUACAAUUCCUUCAUGCUAAACUCUAAGUACUGCCUUUGUCCAAGUGGCCAUGAAGUUGCUAGCCCAAGAAUCGUGGAGUCAAUUUAUGCAGAAUGUGUACCUGUGAUUCUAUCUACUAAUUAUGUGUUGCCCUUCAGUGAUGUGCUGCGAUGGGAGGCAUUUUCAGUGCAGGUGGAUGUUUCAGAUAUUCCUAGGCUGAAAGAGAUUCUUAAUGGUAUUCCAGAGAGCAAGUAUAGGAAGCUCAAAAAUGGAGUAAGGGCUGUGAGGAAACAUUUUACUCUAAAUCAACCUGCUAAAAGAUUUGAUGUUUUUCACAUGAUCUUACACUCAAUAUGGCUGAGGAGAUUGAAUAUAAAACUUGCAUAG